AAAAUACCUUUAUAAUAUUUAUAAAAAUUUAUAAAUUACAUUGAAAGAUGCAUUUUGUAAGGCGCAGCCUUUAUCUUUCUCCUUACCGCCAUACUAUUGAAUUUCGCGAUUGCAUUCGUGGACAUUUCUUAUUGGUUCACUUAUUGUUUUACGUCACUACUGUCACUGAUGUCUCAUGCGCAAUGAGACACAUUUAUAUUUAUAUCAUAUAUACCUGCAUACCCAUGGAAAUGUUUCAUUGAAGAAAGGAUUGUCAGAUAUUGUCACCGUAAUAGACGAUGUUUGGUGUAGCUUAAAGCGUGGCAGAAAAAUGAGAAAGCUUUUAAAUUAAACAAGGAAUAAUAAUUUAAUUCUCUUGUGCGAAUCAUGUAAUACACAAUCAACUAUGAUAAUACUCUUCAACGUUGUAAAUAAUUUUCUGCAUGUUCAAUUUAUAUACGAAAAUUCUUUUAUAGACAGAAUAAAGUCAAGUAUUUGUUUCUCGCAUAGACUUACGAUAGUGCCUGUCACGAUACCCUCCAUUUCUAUUUUGUCGUAUAGAUAGUAAUAUGAUAUAGCAAUAGCACACAUAUAGGGAGGGAGAUGCACGUGUAACAAAAUGACAUAAUAGUUAUUAAAUAAAUAAUUAUUUUGUACAUAAAAAGAGCUCUCUUAUUCGAUCAGCACCAUUUCAAUUCCUUAAAUAUAUUGCAGAAAGUACUCCUCAUUUUACAUAUUUCCUUUUUAUAUUUGUUUAUUACUUGCAGAUAUUUGCAUAAUGUUUUUGCAUAGCACAAUAAGAUGAUAGAGAUGCGAUAGAUAGUUGUAUAAAGUUGCACAAAAGUUAAUGCUUCUGCUCCUGGACUUUUAAUUUUCAUAGAAAUUUUGUUAUUCAAGAUGAUUAUUCACCAUUUUUUUCACAGUAUAUAUUAAUUUUUCUUUCUAGAAUAAAAUUUAAAUAAUUCAAUAUAUACCUCUCAAAGUUGUAAAAGUUUAUACUGAAAUUAAUUCUAGUCAUUGCGCUAGUAAGUUAAUUUAAUUUUAGAAAACAUUUAAUCAUAUAAGUUUUUUAUAAUGAAAUUUUUAAUUUUUUAAGAUUUUUCAUAUAACAAUAUUUUAUACAUUUUGCUUCCAAAGAUUUAGCUUUCACGCAUGCUUCUUUAGAUAUAUCGAAAUAUUUAAAAAUGUGUAUAAAAUCCAUUCAUAUCAAUCUACAACCGAAAAAGAAAACUAAUCUUCUCUAUCGAUAUGGAUAUGUUCUAUUAAUGCUCGCAUGCAUGAUAUUUGCAUCUAUUCAACCACAUAUUGGUGGAACAAAUGGUAUAAUCAAUGGUAAUUUUAUCAUUUGCUAUUUCGCUGUGCCUUUGACAUAUUUAGAAGCUGGAUUAUUAUGCAAUCCUAAAUCUCUUUAUUCAACGUUAAGAGAUGGCUAUCUUUUGACAUUUGUCAUGACUUUCAUAUAUAUUUUGAUGCCCUUUUUAGCACGCAUUGGAACAUAUCUGUUGACCUAUGCAAAAGUUAAUGUAUGGUUACUCAAAGGAAUGGAGGUGCUUUACUGCAUGCCUCCACCAUUCAGUACAGGACUUGCUUUAUGUCGUUUGGCACAAGCUGAUUUGCCUACAAGUGUAAUUACUACAUUGGUAUCACAUUUUGGAGGAUUAUUUUUAUCUCCUAUUUUAUUAUAUCUUAUGUUAGGAAUGUUUACUCCACCAUUGGUUGGGAUCAACUUCAGGGAGACUAUAUACAGCACACUUAUUCCAUUGGGCAUAGGUAUCAUGCUACGAUCAUUUAUAUUGAAAGACAAAUAUUUGAAUAUAAACACAGGGUGGUUUUCCCAAGGAUUAUUGUUGACAAUAGCAUACCACUGGUUUUGUGAUGCUGCUUUAGCAGAUGCUUCAUCAUUACAAGCAGUAGAUAUACUGUUCUGUGUACUUAUAACAUGUGUAGGUCAGCUCCUUCUUAGCAGUUUAUGUUGGAUCUUGUGCUCUCAAUGGUUGCCGCGAAAUAUUUUGUUAGCCACGCUAUUCACCAGCACUCACAAAUCCGUUGGUCUUGGCGGUUGGAUUUUACGAGGAGCGUACCAUGGUUCAAUUCAUGGACCAGCAGUGAACUUACCAUUGACGAUAUUACCUGUUGCACAAUUAUUGUUAGGUAGUUUGUUAGCUAGUUGGCUAGCUCCAUAAGAACAAAAUCUGAUGUGAUAUUAUUUUGCGAUGUCCAUAUCUCAAUUUGUAGAGAUAUUGGAUUAUCUUCCAAACUAGUCGCCAAGUAAGAUAAUAAUUAUGAUAGGGUCUAUGCCUUAGGAUAUUCUGUAUCCUAAAAAUGAUGUAUGGAACGGCUCCUAAAAAUUCAAUUGUAAAUAAAUUUUAGAAAUAAUAUAUUUAAAUAGAUUGGGACAAUAUAUAUAAUAUAUAUAUAUAUAUGAAAAAAGCUUACAUCGUAAAUAAACUUGGAAAAAAAUAUAGAAAAAUAAAUUGCAUAUUAAAUUAUCAAUACAAUAUAUUUAUAUAAAUGUUUUAAAGCAUGUUAAUUAUAUAUACCUAAUACAAAUUAUUUUUACAUUUUUACGAGUAAUUUUAUUCAUUCAUUAAUGAAUCGUUUGGAAUAAUUGCAUUUGGAAAUGAGCAAUUUUUAUUGAAUAUGAAUAUUUAUAUAUAUUAUUUACAACAU